CGAUACUUUUCUUCAAAACCCCGGUAUACUAUCGAUAGUAUCGAGUAUUUGGUAUCGAUAUCGGCCCAUCCCUACUGCAGAUGACAAAAUCGAAGCAAAAUGGAAGGUCUGCCAGACCUUGUACUGCUGAAAAUUGCCGAAUAUCUUUCGCCAGCCGAAUGUGUUCGAUUGUCGUUGACAUGCAAGAGGUUUCUUGGGCUUCUUCCUCAGUACGUGCGCUUUCUUGGCGAAGAUUUUAAAAUAACUGGUCCUCAUACUGGACACUGGACACCAGAAUUUUACUUUGAUGGCCCAGAUUUGAAAGGAAAAGUAAAGCGUUUUAGAGCGUCUGUUGAGUGGAAGGACCAAGGCUGGGGCAAUAGGAAAGGCCAGUUGAUCGUGAAGCUUAUGCGACGUGAUUCAGGGCAGAACAUGGUUAUUGCUGAAAAGACUAAUAUAUUUGGUAUAGCAGGGCAUGAUUGGGCAAACUCUACAUGUGUAUUCGUCACUCAUCCUGUUGUCAAGCUGGCAGAACCGGGAGACUUUUACAGAUUUGAAAGAAAUGCUGGUGGCGGCGGUGGACAUUCCUUGUUUGCGAGAAAGUUCACUGUUUUGCUGGAAUUUUUGAGUAAUAAAUUAUAAAGCAUAAAUUAAUUAUUUAAUUUUUAUAAUAGGUGUCUGCAUGUGAUGCUAAAAUGAAAGCUACACAGCUGGUUGUUUUUAUGUUUCAUAUGCUGUUACUGUGAGUAUUCACCUGAAACAUUUUGGCUCAGGACAAUAUUUUUGUCAUCAGUUAUAGGAGUUUUGAAAAAAUAUUGCUGAUAUCAGCAUAUUUACUUUAAAAUGUAG